ACAGAUACCCCUCCGUUGUGGUUGCACCUACGGUACGGCCAUCUGUAUCGCUGAGGCACGCAAGCCUCCCCACCAACGGCAAGGUCCAUGGUUCAUGGGGGAAGAAAAUGCAGUUAUACACAGAAUAUGACUGUUGCACACAUGAAGAUGACGGCAGGAAACACCAAAGUUGUUCAAAUAACAAAUAUUGCGCCACAGGCAACAAGAGAUCAAAUGCAAACAUUAUUUGGAUAUUUAGGAAAGAUAGAAGAUAUUCGCCUAUAUCCUACAAUUCGUGAUGUUGCUGUUCCUGUACAGUCUCGCAUUUGCUAUGUGAAAUUCCAUGAUCCAGUUUGUGUUCAAGUUGCACAGCAUAUGACAAACACAGUGUUUAUAGACCGUGCACUUAUAGUUAUUCCAUUCCAGAAUGAAAUUCCAGAUGAACAGAAGGCGCUGGAGCUAACAAAUCAAGGAACCAGCCUUUUUCCAACAGCAGAACCAAAACUUCCACCAAAUGUAACAAAUCAGCUGGAGGGUGUACCACCAAACCAAGUUAUUACCACGCAUGAUCCAAAACUGAUUGCCAAUGGUCUACCGCCAUAUCCUCCUCUUCCGGCAAAUUUAGACUCGAGGAAAAUAGAGGAGAUACGGAGAACAUUAAUUGUAACAAAUAUUGAACAGUCUUUAGGUGCGCAAGAUCUGAUGGAGUUUUUUUCCACUGCUGGCGAAGUGAAAUAUAUGAGAUUUGGUAACAGAGAAGGGGAUAUGGAGCGAUAUUUGCUUAUUGAAUUCACAGAUCAGGCUACCAUCAUUCCAGCACUGAAACUUAGUGGGAAAGAUGUAAAUGGAAGGCCGAUAAAAGUUUAUCACUCGACACAAGCUAUUGUGAAACCACAAGCUAAAAGUAAUGAGGCUGCACAGAAAGAAAUUGAGGAAGCAAUGACUAGAGUAAAAGAAGCCCAGAAUUUAAUUUCAGCUGCCAUUGACCCUGUCAUUGGUCUACUAGCAAAGGAAAAAAAACGAAGUCGCAGUGGAUCUAGAGGGCGACGAUCCAGGUCACUUUCCCGCGGAAGGAGGAGAUCAAGAUCCCGUAGUAGAAGAUCACGUUCAAGAUCAAGAAGACGAUCCCGCAAUAGGGGCAGAUCAAGAUCUAGGCGUUCACGCUCUAGAUCAUCGAAACAUUCACGCUCAAGGUCAAGGAAGAGGAAAUCCCGUAGUCCAGGAAGAAGGCGCAGAAGCCGCUCUAGAAGUCGUUCUAGAAGCAGAAGACGCUCACGUUCCAGAUCAAGGAGGUCAAAGUCAAAAUCUUCAAAAAGUCAUGAUAAAUCAAAGGACAAGAAAGAAGACAAGAAAGACUCCAAAAAAGAGAGCUCAAAGAAGGAUAAAGAGGCUGACAGUGAGACCAAAGCAGACAGCUCAAGCAAUGCAGAAAAGGAAACCUCUGAUCAAACUGCUAUACAGAACUCUGACACAAAAGAUCACGAUAAAGAUAAAGAUCAAGAUAAGGAUAAGGAUAAGGACAAGGACAAAGACAAGGACAAGGACAGGGACAGGGACAAAGAAAAAGACAAAGAUAAAGAUAAGUCUAAAAGUAGAAGUAAGGAGAAAAGUAAAGAAAAGAGUUCUCGUGAAAAAUCAAAAUCAUCAAGAGGAAGAUCAUCAUCACGUUCAAAGUCACGACAUCGAUCUCCACGGAGAAAAAGCCGUUCGCCAAGGAAGAAAAGCCGAUCUCCUUCUCGAAGAAAAAGCCCAUCUCGACGUAGAAGUUCAUCUCGGUCCCGCAGAAAAAGUCGGUCACCUCGCAGAAGUCACAGCAAACAUUCGCCAUCACGUAAGCGGUCCCGAAGUCGCUCAAGAUCCAGAAGAGAUUCUGACAAAAAGAGAGAGAAAGAAAAGAGCAGUGAUGACAGGAAAGACAAAGACAAAGAUAAAGACAGAGAAAGCGAUAGGGACAAGAAGAAGAAAGAUAAGAAAGAACACUCGGAGAAAGAAAGUGAUUCUGGAUCCUCUUCAAAAGUUCCACGGAACUAUGAUGAGGAGGAAGAAGGUUUUGAUACAAAUGAACAGGAUAAAGGGGAUAAAAGUGUCAAGAGUAAUACAAAAGCUGUUGAACAGAGCAACACGAGAGAAACAGUUGCUAACAAAGGUGUUUCAGAAAAUGUGGGUGAUGGAAACUCCUCUAAGGCUGAUGGACUAUCAGAUGGAAAAGAUAGUAGAACUCCAAAUGGGAAGGCACAGCAAAGGGAGAUGCAGGAGGCGGGACAAAGUGAUGCAGAUGAUAUGGACAUUUCUACUUCUCCUUAGCGUUUUUGGUACAUCCAUAGUUGUCUGUGAAAUGGAAGAAAUAUACAGCAGCUUGAACAUUUUGUGAGGAACUACAUGAUUACUGUAAAAUUAUGUGCAGUUUGUUAGAAAGUGAUAAAAUUUUUAUUAUAUGUAUUCUUACAUAUUUGUAAGUUAAAGGAAUUCAUUCAACCUCAAAAAUGGUACUGUUCCAUUUUUUCAUAUUUUUGUUGCUUUUAAGUGAUGUGCUGUAGAAUAAAAGGAGGAUUCUAUUGUAUUUCUGAAACGCAGUGCACCUAUAAAGAGGUUGAGCCAGUAGUUGGAAGCUUUUUGGGUCUUAUUUCAUUUGUAAUUUACUACUGUGCUAUUCAUAACUGAAUCUUUCAAUACUGCAACAGAUGAGGCGCAUAUUUCAGUUUUCAGUUGAUUAAUGUGUUUUGCAUGUGUAUACAAUUGAUUAGUAAUAAUCCACUUGGUUUGAUUCUGUGUUUAAGAAUACCAAAUUGUGAAUUACUAAAGAAGCUGGAAUGGAUCAGUGAUACUUUGGUUUUGUGUUUUUAUAUACACCAAAAACAUUUUAUGAACACUGUGUAAAUUGGUGUGAGCACUGUGAAUAAAAUGGGUUGUAAAAAAGUCUAAACAUCUAAAUGAGAUUGAAAAUGUUGAAUUUUAUAAUUUUACACCAUUUUUUUAAUAAGAGAAAACUAGAUAGCAUGUUAUUGUGACAUCUUUUUGGUUUAGGGCAUAGCAUUUGCUGCAUAAAGUGUCAGUGAUGUAUGUAUGUGUAUACUACUAAAACCGGUCAGAAUGUAAUUACUCUGUAAAACAUUAAAAUUCUAUUAAUGUUUCUAUAGAUUUUACCUGGGAUCCUUUGAAGAAAUUCUGUGGCGCUCAUUUGUGGUUUACCUUGUAUGUGACAGUACAAGUAACAUGCUAAAAAUAAUACAAAAUAUGGUAAUUUUAUGUUAAAAAUUAAUUUUUUGUGAAAGAAUUUAUAGUCAAGUUGUAAAUAUGAAUUGAAUAUAAACUGUAAAAUUUUGUGAUAUGAAAUUCCAUUGCUGUAUAUAAAUAACACACUUUUGUAUGUAAAUAUUGCAUUUCUGGUGAAGAAAAUGUUUAUAAACUUAAAGAGGAGAAAGAAUUUUAAUGCUACAGAGAGAUUAGUGAAAAUAAUUUGGAGUCGCCUAGUCUGAAGUGGAUUGUUAGAAAUGCAACUGCAACAUUAGACUCAUUACGUAUUGACCAUACGUAUGUAGGUUGUUGAAAUUGAGAGAAUAUUUGAGAUGAAGCACAAUAAUAAUACAAGUAGUCAUUGAUGAUUUAAAUGGUAAUGUUGGAGGAGUUUCAGAUUUAAAAGAUUUGGCUAGCAAUAUACCUAUUUCCUAUCUUCACAAGUUAUGGUACCAGAUGGUAGUGAACUGGACACUUAUAGACUUCAGCAGAUUAAGAGGCUCAUUGUAAAAGAGGGAUCUGAUAUUUGAAGAUAUGUCCUACCAUUAAGGUAGUGUUGGUAUUUUGCAGGCAUUCUGAUACUUGGAAAAAGAUUGAGAAGUUGCUAUAAUCAUACUUUUAAUCAUUGUGCACCUAGGUGACAUAAUUUCUGUUUAUGUGGUCCCUGUGAGUCCAUAACAACAUGAAACAUUGUGUGCCUCAUUAGUACUUCAUUGUAUAAGACAUACUUUGUGCAUAGGAAUAUUAUUUACAUGUCAGAACCCCUCCAGAUGAUUACCUUCCAGUCACUUAUUGUCUCUGACAUCCCUAUUCAUUGGUAUUAGAGACAGAGACAGAGAGAGAGAGAGAGAGAGAGAGAGAGAGAGAGAGAGAGAGGGAGAAAAGGGGUCAAUCAACAUGAACAUUUAAUAUUAUCUGUGUAACUGCUAUUGUACUUAGCAGAUUUACUUAAACGAAAUAUUGAAAUACUGUGUUUGAGCAUAGAGUUCUGUGUAGGAUCAAUCCCCCUCUGUAAGAUGUGGAAAGAGGAAUAAGUUUACCAUCUCAGAGGUACAGAAGCAUAUUAGGAAAUAUUUUCUGAAGACAUUUGUGGGGAAUGAAACUUUAUGUUGAAGUGAAUGUGAAAAAUAAGUAGUUCAGACAAGAAGAGGUUAGAAGCUUGUGAAAUGUAGCACAGACAAAUUGUAAAGAUUAGAUGGUUAGGUUGAAUAACAAAUGAACAAGUACUGAAUUUAAUGGAAGGAAAAAAAAAUUGUGGUACAAAUUGAGUGAAAGGAGGAUUGUUUGAUAGGACACUUCCUAAGAAGACGACGACAACAGAAGUGUGUUGUGGCUUAUGAUUUGUGUCUGUUUCAUAGUCAGAAUUUAGUGUAUGAUGAAGUAUAUUUAGUUCAGUUCCAUCCAACCCCUCCAACUGGUGUAUGUGUGUGGGGAUGACUGUCAGUUAACAAUUGACUGAAGGUGAGUGCCUGGUUGUGAGACUUCUGACAUGGUAGGCACUGACCACCAUUACACUUUUUUCACACUGUGACCUCUCCUGGGUCCAAUUGUUAGUACUCUUCCAUCCUCUUUCAGUUGAACUUGACAGCUCCCAUUGACACUUUUUGGCCUAUGUGGUCAUUGUGUGUUUAUGUCCUUAAAGGCGGAGCAUGGGAAAGUGUCUGGGUGUCCUUCCAUGUCAUGCUGAAUGGAGCAGAUGUUUUUUUUUGGUGGGGAAAUUAAGGUCUUUAACAUCUGCUUAUGGUGCUGACGUCUGAUUAUCAGUUUGCACACAUCAUGCCUAAUUGAGGUGGUUGUUGCAGAAUUGGUAAUAGCUGGAUGGUAGGUAGAAAGUAUACUUCUGUUAUAUGCAGUUGUUAGUUAUUUUGAUUAUGUCAACAUUUUUGCAUGCUGCUGCUGACAGUGCAGCAGUCCCUGGCUCAAUCAACAGAAGAGACAUCAACUUAAGUCAUACUGCAUGACUGGAAAAUAUUUGGCUUACUACUGAACAAAAAAUUUUAAAUCUGUAGAUUUACCUCUUGCAGUUUUGAUAAUAAUCAUACCAAUGUUGUAUAGGAUUUUUUACGUACAUGAUUGACAACAGUUCCUUCAGCAGUUCCAAGAAGACACACAGAGAACAGUUUUACAUAAUAGAAAGUAGCCAUGUGUAUGGGGAAAAGGACUGCAUAGUUCGUGAAAUUGAAUUUUGUUGAAACUUCGCAUAACUCUUUUUACAAGUGGAGUUUUAUACACUAACACCAUGACUGGUUUGUCCAAAUGUAUGUAGGGGCUAACUCUCAAAGUGUCGCAAGGACAAUUUUGAGGAAUAGUUUCAGACAGGCUUGUGGACCUUACUGUGCAUUUAGUCCAUUUACAGAGAAAUGUACAUUUAGCUCGUUGUGCAGAACCAACAGAACGGGCCAGUCUUUUGUACCAACCAGUUCCUUCCAUCCCACCUUUACUUGGUGAUGUAGUUGAAUGUCAGAUUAAUAACAUGGAGUUACGGGAAUUUAAGAUUUUUCCAUGGUGUUUAGCAUGAAUUUAACUUCUUGAAAAGUUUUGUCUGUGAAUUCCGUCAAAUAGCAACAUUGUAUAGUUUACGCAAUAAACCGUAUGUUGUACAUGUUAA